UGCUGUACACACAAAGCUCCAAAACAGGGAAACUCCCUCCUUUUCAAAGGGAGGAGGACUGACCAGAGAGUGCACCCAGCAGGCUUUCAGCAAAGCCUGCCUGCGGCCAGAGUCUACAAACCGAGGAGGAUCAAGACUUUUCAGUUUGCAAUUCACCACUUACAGUCCGCGGUGCCGUCGAUGAGGACAGAAAAGAGCAAGACUUAAAAGAAAGCGAAGCAGUUUACUCCUAAGACUAUUCUGAGAGAGCAGUCAGUCACGCAGACAGACGAAAAAAAGCCAUUCUAAGGUUAACCAUGCAGGAAUGUUACGGUUGGAGAAAGGUACUGUUUGUUUUGGCCUUGUCAGUUACGUUGGAGGCCAUCAAAGUCCAGAGCUGUCAGCUGGGCACGGGAUCAGAGUGUGAAAAGGCUCCUUUUGUCCCAGGACACAACCUGGCAGGGGAGGGCUUCGAUGUGGUGCGCUUACGUCGAACGGGAGCAUAUGUCAUCAACGUUAAAGCUCAUCUGGCAGACAACCGCACCUGUACCCUGUGCCCAAACCGCUUCCAAAAAGGAGAGAUCCAGAGGCUUCCAGCCGCUGUGCUGGACUGGCGUCCCUUCAGUCGCUGCAGUAAGCAGCUGUCCAGCGCGCUGCACCACUCCGUGGACUCCCUGCUGCGCAGCUCCAGCUCGCUGGUUAACAACAACUGGGGUCUGGGUCUGAGCCUGGAGAACACCGGCCAGGCAGUGCUGGGAGGAAGCCGCUCGGAUUUGGCCAAGUUCGCCCGUUCCCAGCACAGUGUGGACAAAGCCACUUUUGCCAUUCAUGAAAUCAGUUGCACCUACUACAGCUACAGGCUGGCCGAUCAUCCCCAGCUGAGUACAGAGUUCACAAAGCAUCUGAAGAAACUCCCACAGAGUUUAGGCACAGCCCAGGACAGAGCCCUGUACAGGCGACUCAUAGACACCUAUGGAACCCAUUAUAUUCAUCAGGUCCAACUUGGAGGUAAGGUCAGGCGAAUCACAGCUUUCAGAACCUGCCUGGCCACUCUGAAGGGCUUCUCAGAGUCAGAGAUAAAGAACUGCCUGAAUCUUGAACUCCGGAUGGCUCUGGGAUUCCUACCUGCCAACGCGUCCUUCUCCAACAAGUGUGACAACCUCCUGAAAGGCAACAUGAGCAUGGGCUUCUACCAGGGCUUUAUGACGCAUAAGAUCGAGGUCAUCGGAGGAGAGAAGUACUUCCCAGACAUACUCUACCAGGACGACCCCUCUGAGGCAUACCGGAGCUGGUUGAACAGCCUUCACAACAACCCCGAUGUGGUUUCAUAUGGCAUCUUCCCUCUGCAUCAUUUGGUGGAGGACCCUCAGAUCAGCGCCAACCUGAGAAGCUCCGUCACGGAAUACAUCAAAGAGAACCAGCUACAGGAGGACCAUCUCGGCCUUAAGAACUGCUCCCCGACUCCUAACCUGGACCAUAACUGCUGUCCUUUGAGGGCUGGCAGAGGAACUCUGCGACUGCAGAUCCACAGAGCCGCCGGGCUGAGGGCCGACACCUUCACAAAAACCGAUGCCUACGUGAAGAUUUUCUACGGCGGCAUAUAUGAGGAGACAGCCACGGUGAUGGAUAACAACGACCCGGUGUGGAACGCAACGUUCAAUUUUGGCUCAGUGGAGCUGGGUCAGGAGAUGAGUUUUGAAGUGUGGGAUAGGGAUGUGCUUUAUAACGACAUGGCAGGGAGAUGCGUCGUCUUUCCCGAGAGAGGAACACAUUCUCUAAGCUGCAAGCUCCGCAAAGGAGUUCUGUAUUUCACAUAUGCCAUUACAUGUGAUGCUCAUUUGACAGGUUUUAGGUGUGGACGAUACUCCCCAAACGCUGAGUAGUCUUAUUUAUUUAUUUUUUUUAAAUACAGAAAGUGUAGUUUCGGGCGUCCCUGAUUUGUACUUGGAACAAUCCCCUUUGUAGUAUUGUAGGAAAAAGUUUCUUUUCCACCUCUUGAAUACCAUUUAAGAUAACUGAAACUUUCAGCUGUGUAAACAUCUCGUAGCAGGUCCUCUUGAACCCAUACCCAUAUCUUUGUGAAUUCUUUGUUCGUAGUGUACAUAAAUAAAUUUCUACAAAUCUGCAGUUCAUUCUAUAUCCUUUGUCAUGAGCUAUUCUGAUAAUAGAUAAACAUCUGUACUUGUUUAAGCUGG